CCACUCUUGCCACGUCACAAAUCAUUCUUUUCAUUUUCUUUCCUUUUUCUUUCUUCCAAUCUUCUUUCCCUCUUCUCUGUUCUCCGCGUCCUCAAUAUUUCCCUCCAAUUUUCCAUCAAUGGCGGUUACACUACGCCACCUCAAUUUUCCAUCAAUGGCGGUUACACUACGCCACCUCAAUUUUCCAUCGUUAAGUUCAUCGAAUUCUUGGUUUUCGAAAGAUCAACGCAAUGCAGAUACAAAGCUUUCGAACUUGCAUUGCCAGAUGCUAAAUAAGGGAAGAAGUUCAAAAAAGAGACGUUUAUUGCAUCAUGCUUUGUUUUCGAAUUGGAAUAGUGAUGAUAAUGUUUUGACAUUUAAUAAACCUAAAAGAAAUGUAAAGAAUCUGUUAUUUGCAUCUUCUGAUGAUGGUGUGAGUGUUAAUGACGAAUCUCAAUCUCAAGGUAAUGAAACUGAUGCUACAGAGAAUGCAACAUUGGUAGAUGAUGUUGAUUUCUGUGAUGGGCUUUUGCAAUCUUUAUAUGAUGCUGCUAGGGUUUUUGAGUUGGAAAUUAAAGAGCACAACUCGCUUUCAAGAGUUUGGUUUCCAACAGUUUGGUUUGAAGUAGAGCGAAAUGCAUGGGAAAAGACACUGUCAUACCAGGCUUCUGUGUACUCCUUAUUGCAAGCUGCAAGUGAAUUUUCAUCCCAGAGUGAUGAGAGAGACAAAAAUGUCAAUGUGUAUGUUCAAAAGAGUUUACUUCGGCUUUCGGCUCAGCUGGAGAGUUCAAUUAGAGAAAAAUUACCAGCCAAACAGCCCAAAGCAUAUGACUGGUUUUGGUCCAAGAAAGUUCCAGCUGUAGUGGCUUCCUUUAUUAAUAAGUUUGAAGGGUCUGAAAAAAAUAUCUGUGGGGGUUUAAGCUGUACAAGUGAAGUAUCACUUCUUAUGCUUGCACUAUCAUGCAUUGCUGCAAUCACUAAAGUUGGUCCGACAAAACUUUCUUGUUCACAAUUCUUUUCCAUGAGCACGGAGAUAACUGGUAGUUUGAUGGAUAUGCUGGUUGGUUUAAUUCCUAUAAGCCAAGCCUAUAGUUUUGCCCGGGAUGCUGGUCUAUGUAGAGAAUUUCUUGUUCAUUUUGGUCCUCGAGCUGCAGCAUGCAGAGGUACAGUUGAGCAAGGUUCACAAGAGGUUAUUUUCUGGGUAUAUAUUGCUCAAAGGCAGCUACAAAAAGCUAUUGAUAAGGAGAGAAUCUGGUCAAGAUUGACAACAUCUGAAAGUAUAGAGGUCUUGGAGAAAGAUUUAGCAAUAUUUGGGUUCUUUAUUGCUUUAGGUAGAAGUACGCGGUCCUAUAUGUUAUCAAACGGUUUCAACACUCUAGAUGAUCCAGUUGAAGAUUUCAUAAGGUAUCUUAUUGUUGGCAGUGUUCUAUAUUACCCUGAGCUCUCAUCCAUAAGUUCAUAUCAAUUGUACAUGGAGGUGGUCUGUGAAGAGUUGGAUUGGCUUCCUUUUUAUCCUGGAAUCACCAGCACUACAAAACAACUACAUAUGCAUAAAAGUAAACAAGAAGGUCCUCCAAAUGCUGAAGCAAUUCCCCAAGCACUAGAUAUUUGCUUUGAUUGGAUGCAGAGCUUUAUAAAAUACAGUACAUGGCUAGAGAGCCCUUCUAAUGUGAAAGCGGCUAGAUAUUUGUCAAUAGGGCACAGGAAGUUGUUGGAGUGCAUGGAAGUUAGGAUAUUGAAAGAUAAGACAUUGGAGAUUAGUGCCAACAAAACAGUUGAGAGAUCUGUAGUUCAUUCAAGUGCAAAAGUGUCAGAUUCUUUUGAUGAGGCUUUGAAAAGUGUGGAAGAAGUUUUGCUAAGACUGGAGAAUUUGCUUCAAGAGUUGUAUGCAUCAAGUGCUAGUUCUGGAAAAGAGCAUUUGAAAGCACCCUAUUCUGUUCUAGAAAAAAUAUGGAAGCUCAAGAAAGAAGCUGAGUUCCUGGAGGCAUCUUUCAGCACAAAAGAAGAUUCUCUGCAAGAAGAAUCGGUGCUUAUGGAUGAUGGUGCUGGAGAUCAGAUGGUCCAGGUUCAGAAGGAAGGAAAUAUCAUUAAAAAGUCUUUAAGCAAGCUAAAGGAAACAGGAACAGAUGUUUGGCAAGGAACUCAACUUCUAGCUGUUGACGCUGCUGCUGCCAUGGGUUUACUUAGAAGAAUCUUGAUGCGGGAUGAAUUAACUGAUAAAGAGAAGAAAACACUCAAGAGAACCUUGACUGACAUGGUUUCAGUUAUUCCAAUUGGAUUUUUAAUGCUUCUUCCGGUUACUGCUGUUGGGCAUGCAGCCAUGUUAGCUGCUAUUAAGAAAUAUGUACCAGCUAUGAUUCCAUCGACUUAUUCACCAGAAAGGUUGGAUAUCUUGAGGCAGCUUGAGAAAAUGAAGCAAAUGACAACCUGUGAUUUGGGCUCAAAUGAGGAACCAAAUGAAGUUAAUUGAGCAGAAGGAAAGCGCAUGCAGAUUUUUGUUCGGCAUCGCUAGCAAAAUUGUCAAUUCUUUGUUAGGUCUUAUACAACUUAGGUUUAGCAUUCUUUAUCAAUCCCAAUUUUCUUGAAACAAAUUUUGGCAUAUAGAAAUUCAUUCCACGUGUCUGGCAUUGAUCCAGAUGGGCACCAAUUAACUGCAAUACUUGGAAGUGUGCUCAUCUUUCCUUUAUUCUGACAAAUAUGUGAUGCUCAAAAACUGGAAAUUUCCAGCUUCAAUAUUCCAUUUGUUAGAUAAUCAAUCAUAUAUGCAUAUAGUGUUGUUAU